AUGGGCUUAGUCGAGCUGUCCCUAGAAACCCGCUGGUUGAUCGUCGGCGGUCUUCUCGUCCUCUACUUCGUGAAAAAGUUUCAAACGUACUAUCGUCUCCGAAAGUUCAAGGGCCCACUUAGCUGCGGUUUCUCCAGUUUUCUGCACACCAAGGCGGUGCUCAGCUUGCAGUGCGAAAGAUGGUAUAAAGAGAUGACCGACAAGUACGGCUCCGUCGUGCGCAUCGGCCCAAAUGCACUCAUCACCUCAUCGCCAGAGUUAUGGGCUCAUAUUAACGCGGUCCGGUCGCCAUAUAAAAGGUCGGACUGGUAUUACCAUGCGGCUCGAUUCAAGCCAGGCGAAGAUCACGUCUUCAGUGAGACGAAUAACGAGAGACAUGACCAGAGGCGGAAGCAAAUGUUAAUGGGAUAUUCCGGAAAAGAGAAUCUGUCGCUAGAAGCGGAUAUCGACCUGCGAGUGCUGGAUUUUCUAGAUCUCAUUCGCAGCCGAUAUCUCUCCACGGAAGACAGUCUAAAGCCGAUGGACCUGGCGAAGAAAGUCCAAUACUUAACCCUGGAUGUGAUCAGCACGGUCGGCCUGGGGAACAGCUUCGGUAUGCUCAAGGCCGAUAAGGAUGUCAAUGACUACAUCAGAUCUGGAGAAGAGGGACUCUGGAUGUCGAACUUCUUUAUGGGUACGGGUCUACACUGGAUCAUGCAAAUUGAGUGGGUUGGGAAGCUUCUCGGACCCUCCACGAAUGACGCGACAGGCUUCGGGAAGAUGAUGGCCACGACCGGGCAGAUGGUGGCGAAGCGACUACACAGCCCGACCGAUGCGAGGAGUGACAUGCUUGCUUCGUUUAUCCGACAUGGGCUAAUCGGCAACGAACUAUGGAUGGAGGCAUUUGAGCAGGUUCUGGCCGGAUCCGACACCACGGCAUCAGGCAUCCGCGGCAUCCUACUUUGUCUAUUUUCAAAUCCGCGAGUGUAUAAGAAGCUGCAAGCUGAGGUUGAUGGCGCGGUUCAAGAUGGCAGGGCACCAUCCAGCGGGAUCAUUUCUGACGCCCAACUGCGACGACUCAAAUACCUGCAGGCGGUGAUCAGGGAAGGACUGCGGAUCUUUGUCCCGGUCGUCAAUAUCUUCGCGAGGGACGUACCGUCUGAAGGUGACGAAGUAACCGUGGAUAGUGAAUCUGUUACAAUCCCUGGUGGCACUUGGAUUGGGUAUUCUGCGCUGGGCAUGCAUCACAACAAGGCCACCUAUGGGGAAGAUGCGGAACUUUUCAGGCCGGAACGAUGGCUAAUUGACGACAAAGAUCACCUGGCGAAUAUGACGAGAGUCAACGAUCUUAUAUUCGGUUACGGUCGCUGGAAAUGUCUCGGCCAGACUGUUGCAUUAAUUGAAAUCGGCAAGACAGUUUUCGAGGCGCUGCGUAACUUUGAUUGGGCGCUUGCCAAUCCAGAACAACCGUGGCGUAGAAAGAACGUCAAUGGCCUUUUUGCCGUGACCGACAUGUGGGUUACAGUGACUGCAAGGGAGAAGCUUAGUAGCGGUCCCUAG